GAAAAUCAUUUUUCUUAAGCCAGACCAACAAUCAGACCGGAGAGAGAGGGGGCAAUUAUCUUUACAGCACACCCCUCUCCCUCUUCUUCCAUAGUCACUUCCUCUCCAAUUCCCAAUUUCAAACUCAUUCUUUAAUUGUCUUUGUUUUGAUUUUUUAUUUGGAAAAUAAUUCAUACUAUUGAUGAUUUAUCUUUGUAUUCCGCUAAUUUCUCCUUAUUUUUGAUGCGACGUUCGCAUGCCCGUAUACGGAACAAUUCCAAACCAGACAAAAUGGAUCCGAUCAAGCUUCAUAUCCGAUCCAACGCUAGAUCCACCAAUCUCUUCUCCCGAACUCCGAAGAACGCCAAAUCAAAUCUCCUUUUAACCCUCACCCUUACUUUAACCGCUGUUUUUCUCACUUUUAUUCCCUGUUAUUACUUAUUCAUCUAUACCCCCAAAACGUCAAAUCCCAAUUCAGACAAGUACGGCGUCGUUAUUGACGGAGGGAGCACCGGCACCAGAGUCCAUGUUUUUCGGUACAAAAGAGAGAGUAAGGAAUUUGAUUUUGAGUUGGGAAGCAUGAGGGUUAACCCGGGAUUGUCUUCGUAUGCGGAGAAUCCAGAAUUUGCGGGAGAGUCGUUGAAAGAGUUGAUUGAUUUCGGGAAGGGGAAAGUGCCCGCUGGGCUUUGGGAUGAAACCGAAAUUAGGUUAAUGGCGACAGCUGGGUUGCGUUUACUGGAUAUGAAGGUUCAAGAAAUGAUUAUAAGGGCCUGUAGGAACGUGCUUAGGGCAUCUGGGUUUAGGUUCAGAGAUGAAUGGGCCACGGUCAUCACAGGUUCUGAUGAGGGUGUUUAUGCUUGGGUUGUUGCAAACUACGCACUUGGUACUCUUGGAGGUGAUCCUUUUAAAACAACUGGGAUUAUUGAACUUGGGGGAGCUUCUGCUCAGGUAACCUUUGUUUCAAAUGAGCCUAUGCCCCCUAAGUUUUCACGUACUAUCAAAUUUGGGAAUGCCACUUACAAUCUCUACAGCCACAGCUUUCUUAAUUUUGGCCAGAAUGUAGCAUUUGAAUCAUUGAGGGAAUUACUCACCUCAGGUGGCUUUAACUCGACUGUAGAGUCACUGCAGAAGAGAAUGCAUAUAGAUCCUUGCUCUCCUAAAGGAUACUCCCAUGAUAUGCAAUCAUGGAAGCUCUCAGCUGAUUCUUUGGAUGAAAAUAAUAAUUAUAUAUCUGCUCUUCAAGCUGGGGGUAACUUUUCAGAAUGUAGAUCUGCUGCAUUAAUGUUGUUACAAAAAGGAAAAGACAAAUGUUCCUAUAAAAACUGCUAUCUGGGAUCAACUUUCAUGCCAAAGCUUCAGGGAACAUUUUUGGCCACGGAAAAUUUCUUCCAUACGUCCAAGUUCUUCAGGUUGCAUGAAAGGGCAUUUCUUUCUGAUUUGCUGAUAGCUGGAGAACAAUUUUGUGGAGAGGAUUGGUCAAAGUUGAAGAGCAAGUAUCCAUCAGUUGAUGAUGAGGAUCUGCUGCGCUAUUGCUUCUCAUCUGCAUAUAUUGUUGGUUUACUGCAUGACAGUCUUGGAAUUUCCUUGGAUGAUGAAAGGAUUGGGUUUGCAAACCAUGUUAGGAAUAUCCCACUUGAUUGGGCGUUGGGAGCUUUCAUCUUGCAGAGUAAAUCAGAAUUGGAUUUACAUAACUCUGGCUGGCUUGCUGCCGUUGUUAGUGAUGACUCACCUACACUGCUCUCCCUAAUUGCCAUUUCAAUACUGUUAAUGUUUAUAGCAUGGUCUGUAUCGAAGUGGAGGAAACCCCAAUUAAAGACAAUUUAUGAUCUAGAAAAAGGACGGUAUAUAGUUAGCCGUGUUAGUAGGUCAUAGCUUGGAAAAGAUGAACCAAUUCCCUUGGCCUUGCAGACGAGGAAGUGAGGACUUACAGCUGGGAGCCAUGUCAUAGUACUUGCAUAUUUGUAUGCUUCCUUAAUUUGCUACCGAAAGUUACCCACUUAAUGCUGCGAUUGUGCUGGAAUGGUUUGAGCACAGAAUGCAGUGUAAAAUUUUUGUGGGGGAAUUAGGUCAAGAAGAUUGUUGUCUUAUGCACUCAGUUUUGAUUACCCAAUUGGAUAUUAAAAUGAUAUAUUAUUAUGUGAUUGAGUAAUUUUAAAUUAAAGAUAAAGUUUAUUCAAUCAUAUGAUAAUAUAUCAUCUAAUUAUUUAAUUGAAUACUCAAACUAGAUGCACGCAAGAUUGCUCAUUUGUAUUUAGUGUGAAUACUGAUGUGUUGACCAACUGCUUCUCAUAGGAAGCGAACCUGGUUGAGCGUGGGAAAUUAUAUUAUUGUUUGGUUCCAGAUGUUUUGAUCACUCACUUAAUGGCACUGGCGGUCUGUUUUCAGUAUGUAAUUUAUUUUUUAUUUGAUUUUUGUGUAGUAAACUGGGGAAAUGACUAUAAUUCAUCACGGUUUGUCCAGGAA